ACGAACUGGAGUAGCCGCCCGGCCGACGCUGCUGAACCAAUCUGCACCCCUCGAGGCGCGGACGGCCUGGGGACGAGCCGAGGAGGCGAGGUGAGAACCGGACCUCGCCCCAGCCGAACCCAGCGGCGCGGGUCCUGUUCAGCCGGGAAAGGACUGGGCAAGUCAGGGGAAGGGAAGCUGCCGUGCAAAGUGCUGUGUGUGAAACCCUGGAGAACAAUACAAGUGGCUCUGGCGGCCUCCUCUGUGGAUCAAGCUAUGGUGAAAGAUGUUUCGCAAGGGCAAGAAGAGACACAGCAGCAGCAGUUCCCAGAGCAGUGAGAUCAGUACAAAGAGCAAGUCUGUGGACUCCAGCCUGGGAGGUCUUUCAAGAUCCAGCACUGUCGCCAGCCUCGAUACUGACUCCACCAAAAGCUCAGGACAAAGCAACAGCAAUUUGGACACAUGUGCUGAGUUUCGAAUAAAGUACGUUGGUGCCAUCGAGAAACUGGAUGUGUCUGAGGGGAAGAGCCUCGAAGGACCACUAGACCUGAUAAAUUAUAUAGACGUCGCCCAGCAAGAUGGAAAGUUGCCUUUUGUUCCCCUGGAAGAAGAGUUCAUUCUCGGUGUUUCCAAGUACGGCAUAAAAGUCUCCACCACAGAUCAGCAUGGUGUUCUGCAUAGGCAUGCCCUGUAUUUAAUCAUCCGGAUGGUGUGUUAUGAUGAUGGCCUGGGAGCUGGGAAGAGCUUGCUGGCACUCAAGACCACAGAUGCAAGCAAUGAAGAGUACAGCCUCUGGGUUUACCAGUGUAACAGCCUGGAGCAAGCUCAAGCCAUCUGCAAGGUCUUGUCCACAGCGUUUGACUCCGUGUUGACCUCUGACAAGUCCUGAAGUCUGCAGUCAAGCGGAAGCUGACUCAUCAUGAACUCACCUAUUCCUGCAUCUGCCUGCCGCAGUGGACUGUUAGAGGGUGUAACGCCCUGAUCCAGUUUCCUCAAGUGUAACGUAUAAAACAUGGGCCUUAUACUAAAAGGUGUCAUUAACAGGAGGUUAACUUUCAAUAAAUCACCUUUCUGGGUUAAAAGAAAUCUUGGGGGCUGGACAGAUGGCUUGGUACUUAAGAGCACUAGCAGAGGACCUGGGUUCAGUUCCCAGCAGCAACAUGGUGGCUCAAAACUGCCUGUAACUCCAGUUCCAAGAGAUCCGACUCCCUCUUCUGGCUUCCUCAGGUACCAGGCACACAUGUGGUAUACAUACAUACAUACAUACAUGCCACCACACACACACAAAAUAAAGUAAAACCUAAGAAAGAUAAA